CUAGCUGCACUUUGCAGUAAGCUAGCUAGCUAACAAUAGCAAUAUGUUAGCUAACCAGCCAGGGGGACAAUCAGUCGAGUCACGGCUAUAUUGUUCUUAUGUUUUUGGCGCGGGAUUAUUUCACUGGUCACCAAACUCCUUUGUUAAAAUAACUUACUUCUAACCCUGCGACGAUAUUUUAUUUAAAUCCUUGAAACGUAGAAGGAUGUGUUGGUCUGCAAUCUUUUCAUGCAGCUUCUAAUAAUAGAAAUGGCUGAUGAGUUCCGGUGUUGAGGAAACUUCCGGCGUCCGGCUGUUGUGUCACAGAAGCGGGUUUUAGCUCGUGGAUCUCACCCCCUCCCUCUGGUGGACAUGGGCGGAUUGAAGUUAAAAUAACGAACUAAAAGUACUGUUUUCAGCGAUAAGAAACGACAAAGCCUCAGAAAUACUCAACUCUAACAAAACCUUCAAAAGUCCCAUCAAUUCUCAGUAAUGUCUCGAAUCUUCAAUAACUACUCCGCGCCAGCAGCAGGCGCGAAGGAAGAUUUGCUCUUUCUUUGCCACUGUACCAUUUCGAUGACGUAGAAUGAACUAAUAUCAGUCCCUGAUUUUAGUGGCAGCGGAGAGCUGUAAUGGAUAAACGCACUGGCCCCGCACACUUUUUAUUUAGCUUUUUCCUAUUGUCAUGUUUAUUUGUGCUAUCGCUCGCAACGGAACUUAGUUUUGUGACUUGCGGCUCGGUCGUGAAGCUGUUAAAUGUAAAGCACAAUGUCAGACUGCACUCUCACGACGUGCGCUACGGAUCUGGUAGCGGGCAGCAGUCAGUGACAGGGGUGACCACAGUGGAGGACAGCAACAGUUACUGGAGUGUACGAGGCACCAGUGGGGCCCUAUGUCACCGGGGGACUCCUGUUAAGUGUGGUCAGACCAUCCGCCUCACCCACCUCAACACUGGACGCAACCUGCACAGCCACUACUUUGCUUCUCCACUGUCCUCCAACCAGGAGGUGAGUGCGUUUGGUGAGGAGGGCGAGGGAGACCACCUGGAUGAGUGGAUGGUGCAGUGCGAAGGGUUGGUAUGGGAGCGUGAGGAGGCCGUCCGCUUCCAGCAUGCCUCCACUGAUACGUUGCUAUCUGUUACGGGGGAGCAGUACGGCCGGCCCAUCCACGGGCAGAGGGAGGUGCACGCUAUGACGGGCCCCAGCCAGCACAGCCUGUGGAGGGCCAUGGAGGGGGUGUUUAUGAAGCCCAGUGAAAGCCCACUAGGGAACAUGGACUACAGCCAUCCUCUACACACAGAGUUCUAAUUCUCAAUCAACCUGUUAACUGACCCAUCUAGCGCUUAGCUAACGAACUACUCGGUGUUUCUUAAUCCUGUUUCUGGGGACCCAAAAGCUGUCUGUUUUAGUUUUUUGCCUUAGCACUACACACCUGAUUUUUAAAAUCAUCAAAGCUUGAUGAUGACUUGAUAAUUUCAGUCAGCUGGGUAGUCGGGGCUCAAAACGCAACACUCUCGCAUUUGCAACCCUUUGACUUGGUAGCGCGACACCAAUUUUAAUUGAUCGUUAGGGUGCCAGUGAUUUUAUAUAUUUUUUGGUAUGGUCACGUUAGUUUUUGGUUCACAAUUAGCUUUCUUUUAUUAUUAUUAUCAAGAAUUAUUCAAACAGCAAUGGGUAUGCAGACCAGGUAUUCAGAAAGUUUAGUCCGAUGUCUUGAUUGAAUUCAGUCAUCAUGCGCAGUUUGAAUGAACAUUUCUAAAGGCUUUCACAAAAAACCUUCCCAAUUUCUGCAAAUGAAGUUUACCUGGCAGAAUGAUAUCAUGAUGAUUUGAUUCAAUCAUGGGGUAUUUGUUUUUCAAAUGGACUGCCAUCACAUUUAGCCUACACUGUACAGUACAAAAACACUGCUAGCUAAACACAAGGGUCUCUUGCUAGGUGUGCAGUUUAAUUAAAGGGCAACACCUAGACCUCAAAAGUGGUUUAAGCAUUGUUGUGGACUUGGAACAUCCCAACAUAUAAAAUAGGUGUGAUUUUUGAGUGUGAACCUGGGGGAAAAAACUUGGAGAACUCGAAAACCUGGAAAAUAAAAUCGGGAAAACAGAUUUUAUAGGCCUUACAACUGUAGUGUGACUGUUUAACAUAGCGAACAAAAACAACCUUUUUGAGAUUGAGCAAAGGUAGAUUUUAGGCUACUUGCUCAGCCCGCAAAAGAACAUUCCAAUGGUGUGCGCAUCAUCCGCUCUCUCGGACCAGUAUUCUUUUCCAUUCAGGUUAGUAGCUUUGAGUUACCACUGGCCUGGUGUGUCACUGGCAAAUUUGCCUGAAUGUCAAACCCUGCAAGGGCAUGCUAAUUUAAAAGAUGAUCAGUCAUUAUUAGCCUGGUUACUUAUGGAAUGCAGGUACAUUAUGGAACACAGGUCAGGUCCCUACCAAUUAUAAAAAUAAAUUGGUUUGACCAAAUCAUGUGCCAUCAACUGAAAAAGUUAGUCUAGAGUGCUGGUAGUGCUAGGGCAAAACAAAAAUAAAUGUUCGCCGCUUAGCGUCCAUAGGACCAGGAUUAAGAAACACAGCUCUAUAGCAUUUACUUCCUUUAUCUCUCUCUCCGCUCUCUCUCCUCCCCUCUCUCGCCCGCUCCCUCCCUCCCAGAGUUCUGAUCUACACUACUUUGGCCUCUCCAGACUCGCUUGAGGUUUUCACUACCUGCCU